GGAAUUCCCCCCCCCCCACCUUAACUUUUCAUGGUUUAACAAAGCAGCCAAGAUUGCAUAAACCAGCUAUGAUACCAAGAAUUCUGAUAUUUUUUCAAUCCUACAACUACUAACCAUCAUGAUCACCCUAGCUGAUGUCUAUCAUGUUUUGGCAGCCACAGUCCCAUUAUAUGUUGUGAUGAUUGUAGCCUACGUCUCAGUAAAAUGGUGGAAGCUUUUCACACCAGAUCAAUGUUCAGGCAUAAACAUGUUUGUGGCAAAAUACUCGAUUCCACUGCUGUCGUUCCAAGUGAUCUCUGACAACAACCCCUACAAAAUGAACCUGAAACUAAUAUUUGCUGACUUCAUGCAGAAACUACUUGCCAUUUCUUUAUUGACAGCAAUUACUAAAGUCUGCUCCUGGGGAGACUUGAAUUCGAUCAUUACUGGUAUCUCCCUGUCAACACUGCCUAACACAUUGAUCCUGGGACUUCCACUGUUGAAAGCCAUGUAUGGUGAAGAAGCAGCUAAGCUCCUUGCCCAGAUAGUUGUCUUGCAAAGCCUCGUUUGGUACAAUCUACUAUUGUUUCUGUUUGAGCUCAGUGCCGCGAAGGCAGCCCUCAUCACACCACCAUUAGAAGCCACAGCAACAGAAGCCCCCCAAGAGGCACAGACAAAAGAGGAAGAGGAGGAACUGAGAACCAGAAGUACAAAGAAAAUCAAAACCAUGCUCCUUCUUCUAACAGUGGGGAAGAAGCUUUUAAGAAACCCCAAUACUCAUGCUACUUUCCUGGGUCUUAUUUGGGCAAGCAUACACUACAAGUGGGGAGUAAAAAUGCCAGAAAUCGUCAAACAAUCAAUACUGAUAAUUUCAAAUGGGGGACUUGGCAUGGCAAUGUUCAGCUUAGGUCUUUUCAUGGCAUCACGAGUUAGCAUAAUAGCAUGCGGGACCCGGAUGGCAUUUGUAGCCAUGGCAAUGAAGUUCCUAAUGGGGCCUGCCCUAAUGGCACUGUCUUCAACUGCCACUGGACUAAAGGGCAGAGUCUUCAGAGAGGCUAUUGUGCAGGCAGCUCUUCCCCAAGGAAUUGUUCCAUUUGUUUUUGCCAAGGAGUAUAACAUACAUCCAGACAUAUUGAGCACCGGGGUAAUUUUUGGGAUUCUCAUUUCCAUGCCAAUAGCUUUAGCCUACUACUUUCUGCUAGCAUUGUAGAGUGCUAUAUAUAUAACCAGGAAUUUCUGUGACAUGUUUUUAAGCAGGAAACCAUCAAUUGUUAAAGAUGGAUUGCACAAGUUUAUUCAAUUUAUUUAAGUUCAUGUGA